GGACCCCACCGCCUCUUCCUGUCCGUGGCCGCACGCUGUCCCCCCAUCCUUUCCGCUUCCGCCCGGAACAAAGAUGCCGGACGAGGAAAACGCUCCGGCGAGAAACACGGAGCCGCGCCGCCGCCACCUGCACGCCGCGUUGGGGCUUGGCAGGAUGAAGGUCAGGGACCACCCCAUCCCUGCUCUGGCCACGGAGCCACAGUUUGCGCAGCGCCUCAGGGAGCGUUUGGAAGAGGAGCAGCUCCUGGAUGGGCGCUAUCGGCUGCAGGAGGUGCCGGGCGGCCGUGUGGCCCUGCCCGUGCUGGAGGAGAAGCUUGAGCAGCUGCAGCUGCCCCUGGAGGUGCCCUGUGGGCUGGUUCAGAUCGAGGACCCUGUCCCCUCUAGGGCAUCUCGGCGGCGGGCGCCGGCCCAGAAGCUGCGGGAUGAGCUGCGGGGGCUGCUGGGGGAGAGCUGGACAGAGGAGCUGGAGUGUGAUGUGCCCCGAGGCUGGCAGAGGCACGGGGACCUGGUGCUGCUGAGUGAGGACAGCUUCAGGGCUGCACCGUGGGAGAAGUUGGGUCCGGUGCUCUGGGAGACCAUUGCCUCAGUUUUGGGUGUCCGGCGCCUGGCCAGGAGGGGAAGGGUGUUGCCAGAUGGGAUGAGGUCCCCCAGUGUCGCCCUGCUGCUGGGACAGGAUGGCUGGGUGGAGCAUGUGGACAAUGGGAUCAGGUACACAUUCGAUGUGACCAAGUGCAUGUUCUCACCUGGCAACAUCACAGAAAAGCUGCGAGUGGCCUCACUGCCCUGCUCUGGGGAGGUCCUGGUGGAUCUCUAUGCAGGCAUUGGAUAUUUCACACUGCCUUUCCUGGUUCACGGGGCAGCUGCCUUUGCCCACGCCUGUGAGUGGAACAGCCACGCCGUGGAGGCUCUGCAGAGGAACCUGGUGCUGAAUGGUGUGCAGGACCGCUGCCACAUCCACCACGGGGACAGCCAUCAGCUGGAGCUGCAAGAUGUAGCAGACAGAGUGAACCUGGGGCUGCUUCCGAGCUCGGAGGAGGGCUGGCCGGUGGCCUGCCGUGUCCUGAAGAAGCGUACAGGUGGAGUUCUCCACAUCCACCACAACGUGGAGAGUCUCUCUGCGCAGCCCCCAGCUGAGCAGGGGUCUCCAGAAGGAGCUGGCUCUGAUGGAAAGGUGCAGCACCCAACGGAGGAUGGUGGGAAGGAGAUGCUGAGAGCCAGGAUCAGACCCGAGUGGCAGAGGUGGGCUGAAGCCACAGCAGCACGGAUCCAGGGGCUGCUGGCAGAGCUGCACGGGCAGCCCUGGCACACCAGCAUCCUGCACAUCGAGGUGGUGAAGUCCUAUGCACCCCAUGUGCAUCACCUCGUGUUGGACCUCGAGUGCCGGCCAGCACUGCCUUCCUAGCUGGCUGUGGCUCUCAGCUCUCAUGCCUAGGUGGCCAUGGGCUCCCAGCUGGCUUUGGAGCACUGGUGGCCAAGAAAUGCUACUGAUUCCUGCUGGCAGCCUGCUUUAUGUCCUCUUGUUUCCAGGUGGCAGCACUGCCCAGGGGUGCCUCCUUAUGUCCAGGGCAUUCAGGGAUGCUCUCCCACAGGAUGUCCCUCCAGGAGCUGUAUCCCUGCUCAGGAUGGAG